AUGGCAAAUAAUGUAAGCCCGUUGGAGGAAGCUGCUCUAUCGGGAGAUACAGACCGUCUCUAUGCUCUAAUUGAGGAGGAUCCUGAUAUGUUGAAUGCCGUGGAUGCGAAACCAUUUGUUAACACACCUUUGCAUAUUGCUGCAUCUCUCAAGUAUCUCUACUUUGCUACUGAGAUCAUGAUGUUGAAGCCUUCAUUUGCUUUGAAGCUCAACCCGCAAGGGUUCAGCCCCAUCCACCUUGCUGUAAAAAAUGGGCAUAGCAAACUGGCUCGUCGCCUUGUAGACAUGAAGAAAGAGCUUGUGAGAGUGAAAGGAAGGGAAGGCAAUACUCCUCUUCAUUUUGCAAGUCAAAUAGGAGAGUGUGACCUCUUAGCUUACUUUCUGUCAGCUUGUCCAGAUUCCAUUCUAGAUGUGAACGCAAGAGAUGAGACUGCGGUUCACAUUGCAGUGAGAAAUCAACAGUUUGACGCCCUCGGGGUGCUGAUUGGGUGGCUCAAGGGGAAUACCCGCAAGGGUGCUGCAAGCCUGGAAAAAUCCAUCUUAAACUCCAAGGAUGAGGAAGGCAACACCAUUCUACACCUUUCAGCUCUCAAGGGACUCUCUCGAUCUGUUCUGGCUGAGGGCCACUCUAGGGGGCCGGGCCCUUAA